AUGGAUGAAACAACACAAAUUAAAUCGAAUCGAAAAUUGACAUACCGUCACGUUAAUUUCGAUCCGGAUUGCGUUAGCGUUGUUGUGUUGCAUUUUGCGCAAAGAAUAACAUGGUUAAGAUCACGGUGUGGCAUCGUAGUUAACUGUUGGUUUUGCAAUGAAAAUUCAAUUGUUCCUUUAAAAAAGAAAAAUUCGUGGGUUUGUUCUAAUUCAGUAUGUCAACAAUACAAUGGAUUUAAUAUUGAUGGAGAUUAUAACGUCGAAAUCGUAGAACAGUUUGCUCAUAUCAAUAAUAUUCAUUCUUUCCUUCAAUCGCCAAAAAUUUUUAACAGAGAAAACGAAUAUUCAAAUGGAUUUUGUUUUGAUUGCAAUAGAAAGCAGCAAUUAAAAAUUGAAAAGAUUUCUCAAUUCGAGCCGAAGAAGGAGAGUGCGUAUGAAGCAGAAUUUCAUAAAUAUAAAUCGCGUUUGGAAAAUCUAUAUAAACUAUGUCCGACUUGUGCAAAACACCUUAAUCGAAUUUUACAGGAUAAGAAAAAGAUUGUGUUAGGGUUAAAACUUUCAGAUUUCUUAUUCAAAAAAGCAAGGGAUUUGAAAAAUUUCCGAAAAUUAGUUAUUACAAAUAGGAUUAGUUCUUCUAAAUGGAAUUUUAUUUUAAAUUUUUUAAUCUUAUUGACGUCAUUAUUUAACUUUUGUUAUAUUUUGAUUGAAAUUGCAAAAAUUUUAGAAUUUCAUAUUGAAACAAAUUACAAAAAUGUUACACCAGUAAUUUUCAAUAUUUUUGAUGAAAGAAUAAUGAACACUAGCUUUUUGUGCAAAACUUUCUUGAUAGUAAAAUGUGUAUAUAUUUUUGUAUCGCAUUACGUUGGCUUAUGCUUCCCGAAAUACGUAAUAAAUAAAGGAAAGAUCAUACGCUUUACUUGUUUGCUUCUUAGUAUGUUUCGGAGUUUGAUUGAUGGACUCGAAAUAACAAGAUACACUAUUAUAUUAACGGCUUGCAGUGUGUACUUUAUAGUCGAAAGUGUCCAUUAUUUUGAUUUUAUGGUAUAUUUUAAGAUGCUUCUUUCAAUAGUAAUUUUAAUAUUUUCAAUACCUUCAUUGAGAAGACAUUCGAAUAUGGUCGCCAGUAAUAGCUUUCAUAAAAUUUAUCUUAAGGAUAAUUGUCGAGAAGGCAGCACUUUUUUCGAGUGUACUGCAUCACAUAAAAAUUUAGUUGAUUAUUCUAAAACUAAGCCAAAAUACUUUAGUGGGAAAAUUUGUAGGAAAUUACAAAAUGCGGAGAGUUUUUCAAAUUUGAAUAUAAAAAGAAAAAUUGAUGUCUGUACGUUAGAAUAUCCUUUUAAAACGUUCAAAUUAAACAAAGAUACAUCGUUAUUACCCUUCACAUUUUUUCAUAGAUCUGAAAAUUCUUCAAUAACAGAUAAUGAAGGCUAUGGUCAAAAAUUUGAAUCUUGUCAGCGAAAAAGUACUAUAAACGAUUCAAGACAAUUUGACGAAAUUAAUAAUUUCCGUAUAGCUAAUAGUUCAGAUGAUAUACUUCACCAGUUUCAUCAACUUUCUUCUGACGACAUUUGGAAGCAAUAUCAAUGCAAUUUCAAAAACACGAUGAGACAAGAAAUAUAUACAAGUUGUCCUUUCAACGAUCUCGCGAAAGUUCAAAAAAUUAAACCAUCCAUACUAUCACCGCCGAAAUUUUGCCACGAAGGCAAAGAGUUCGCAACAGAUACUAGAUCAUGGGUUUCGGGGGGAUAUUUUAAUUCUAGUCAUGGUGGAGAUGUUAAUUCAUUUAGUCAAAACAUUUCACUCUCGAUGUUAACUAAAAGUAAUUUAUCUAGGGCGUCAUCACAAUCGUCGGGUUUUGAAUCCAAUAGUAGCUCAAUUCAAAAACGUUUAAAUCAUUUUGGAACAAGGAAUAACACGGAAAGUUUUUCUACGUUGCAAAAAAGAAAUAGUUGUCAGUUCCUAGAUAGAAAUAGCCCUCGUAACCCUCACCUUGAGGAUUCUAUGUCCAAUUAUAUAAGUGAACCAUUUGUUUUUGAAAAAUGUUCGCUACAUAGCUCGAAUGCCAAUGAACAACAACGGAUUAUAUAAUAGCUGCUGUGAAAUGGUCAUUCUUUGAUUUUGAAGAUAUUCAAUUAUAACAUUUUCUUCCUUAAUCCGUAACAACUAUAUCUUUACAAUAGAUUUGCAAUUUAAAAUAGUUUAUAAUGACAGAUAUGUUUGAAUAAAUUUUUUCUAGCUGAAUUAUAAAAAAAAAAUAAAGUAUAUUAGGUUUAGA